UCAGGUCCGAUGGAGGCGGCGGCGGAAGAGACCGGCGGCGCCGGCGGCCACACCACCGGCCGGAAGCUGGUGCCGUGGUCGAGCUGGGCGGAGUGGCGCUUCGUCCGCGACGCCAUCUUCUCCCCCUACCCCGACCCCGACGCCGCUCUUCGCAGGAUCGCGGCGUGGCGGAGCAGGGGCUGCCUCCCGAUCCCCGUGGAGGUGACUGCAGCCCUCUUCGAGAUAAGGCUGCGAGAUCCCUUCUUCUCGAAUGGAGCUGCUUGGAAUGGCAAGCUGGAGUCGGAUGAGAUGCUCGCCUUGCUGCACAGUAUGGCAAUCAUUAGGCUUGUAAAUGGUUUUUUGGGGCAACCACAAAAGAAAACUGGUCGUUCAAUAGCUGAGUUAGCCGAGACUGUUGGGAUACCGCGAAUUCUUGUCGACAUUCGUCAUGAGAGUUCACAUCAAGACCUUCCCUCUCUGCGGUUGCUACAUUUGGCAGCCAUUAAGGCAUUUGACUGGGUGAAGUGUAAUUACUGGGAUUCUCAGACUAAGGCUAUUCCUGAUGCUCGACUAGAACUAAGCUCUGUAUUGCAUGACAUCACUAAAAUUCUGAAGGACAAAGAUACCGAAAAUGCAAAACCAGGUUCCAAAAGGAAACGUUCCAAAAAACAUAUUUUAUAUGCCAUUAAAAAAGUACUCCGACUAUAUUAUACAUGUCCCUCUGAGGUUGUCUCAGUUCUUUUGGAGUUUUUGCAAUUGGAUUCCCCAGAAAUGUCUGAAAACAGUGAUGUGCAUCAAACUGAUAGUUUGGAUGCAAAUUACACAUCUGGUGCUCAAACUCAAAUACCAAUGGGAGAUAUGAAAACUAUUAUAACAAAACUAUCAGAAAAAGAACCAAGAGUGCUUCUUGACAUACUGAAGUCUGUGAUUGCAAUGAUUGAGACGACGGACGUCCUCGAAUGCAAAGGUGAAUUAUAUGCAUGCCUGCCUGCUGAGUCGCCAACAACGAAAAACUUGUGCUCCUGGGUUCUAUGGAUUGUCACAAGCAUAAAAGAGUUGAAGGAUUCCGGCCGUAUUGGACUUGUCCACGAGAUAGGAGUACUUUCUUCGGACAAGAACUCUGUCCCUCGUUUCUGUCUAGCAAAACUUCUGCAGAAGUUCUUGAAUUUGUCUGUUAUAGGUGAAAGAUGCAUUGCAGAUGCAGCACUACUGCUGAUUGAGAUGGCCGGCAGUAAUAACAUGAAGGAGAAAUUGAGGAAGCUUCCUACGUUGUCCCUGCAGAAGUCACCAAAAGAUCGUGCCCUCAUUGAAUCCAGAAUCAUUGUCAAUGGUCAAGAAUCAGUUGAAAGCGCAUCAGAGAAGCUGGAAAUGUUCAAGUUGCAGUUGAGGAAACCGGAUAAUGCGUGUUUAGCAGAAGAUGGCACCGAGGGGACUUUAAAUACAAGCAUGCCAGUGAAACGUAAUCGGUGGUCUAUAGCAAAGUCCUGGACCCCCUGUCCUUUAGGGAUGAUACCUUGUUCAUAUAGUUCAACUGCUGUUCUUCCUUCCCUUGAUGUCGUCGAUCAUGAACUGAAGGAUGUGACAGCAGAGCAUGGCAUUUCUGAGCAUGAUGGUCAGACCGAAAUGUUUGACUCUUAUUCGCAGCCUGAGCAGCAGCUGUAUAAUGAGGGUGUUCAGGAAAUAUCAAUACCACAACCAGAAGAUGAGAUUUGUGAUAUGCCAGAAGUGACGUCUCCUCUGAGGGGUGCAUUACUGGUUGGUGGCGUGUGGAAAAAGGUGACUGAAGAAGAGUUGCUCUCCAUAAAGUCAAGUAUGAAAAUUUUGUUGUAAUAUUGACUAGUUAUUCUCCCCUCAGUAUUCAAACAGGUUUGUUCUGUAAACGAGCAAAUGAUAAGCUUUAAAUGGGGUAUGGACUAUGGAAAACCCUCUUCAACCA